UUUCAUUAUCAAAGAGUAUUUAAUACUUUUUUUUUAUAUAAAGCAAAUGAAAAGAAUUGUUUUACGUUAAAUGGAAACUUAAAUUCGAUAACACAUAUUUAUUUGAAAAGUAUUGAAAAAUAUAUAGCUUUCGUCAGAUGAUUCUAGGAAUCGUCAGCCAGAAAUCAUUUUUUAUUUAUUACGGAAGAGUCUAAACUAGAAAUUUAAGUUUGUUGUACAUUAAAAAUAUUUUCGUCGAACCAUACAAUACAUUUUUCCUUUCAACGCCAGGCACACUUCCACUUUGUUUCAUUGUUAUAAAUAAAAAUAAUGAAAAUUUACAAAGUGUAUGUAACUGCAUAUUUUUUUCCGAUUCUUUGAUCUUUAAACAGAAUUCAACGAAGUACGAAGGGUUCAAGUAGGAUAGUUAAGGAAUGUGUGGAUAUAAGAAAAAAUUACGCACACCAGCUAAAUCAUCGUCGAUUGAAGAUUAUUGAUCGAUGUCUAUACUAGAUAGAGGAAGUGUUUCCUUUUCGGCACAUUCCAUGAUAAUGUUAGCGCCACAAAACGGAGCAAAAUUUUCAUUUCGAACACUUCACUCAUUUCCAUAACUGCGACACAAGUUAAAAAUCACGCUUCGCUAGGAAAUGUGCUCAACAAUGUCCUAACUUUCCUUAUUAUAUUUUAUGAAACAAACAUAUUACAUCACGAACUCGAUCAAAUUCGUUCUCUUUCUUUCUUUGCGUGCGUGACUAGCUAGUGUUGCAGCAAAUGAGCGAUUUGUUAAGUGCUUUCGUGUGUUUGUCGGUUAGACUAGAGUCGCGCUUAUAUAUUACAACGAGAGUAAAACGGGCAGGUGUUUUCCACGUUCCCAAAGUGAUCUUCCAUCGCAUCGCGAAUGCAAUUCAAAGCGAUAAUUCAUGUAAAGUGUUUUACUUAUCAAUGAAGUGUCGGAAACCAAAAUACUCUAUUCUAAUUGUAAGAUUAUAAGAACGAUGUAGUUCAUCGAACGAGUGAGAGGAUCCAUAUUUUUGAGCGUUUAAAGAAGGUUGAUGUACUGUUGCAAUGAGGAUUACGGUUGCCAAUUUUACGCGUAAAAGAAAGGAAAAGAAAAAUGAUUGUGAUUUAUUUUGCAUCGAUGUUGACGAGAUACGAUGAUUACCGGUAAGAUAUGAUAUACAUACAUGUAUACAUAAACAUUCUAUAUAUAGAUAUGCAUAUAUUGAUCGUUAAUGGUAUUGUGUAAUUUUACGCGUUUGAACGGUGACGUAUAAAUUCAGGAAAGGGACGUAGGGAGAUCUUAUCGGUUGGUUGAAUUAGCAGUUUCUCUUUUAUUAAGUGCGGAAAGGUUCGAUUGACUCGAACCGUGCGAGAAAAAAAUAAUUUAUAUUUAAUAAUAAUUUUCGCUGACGCUUAGAAAGCAGCAUCUUAUCUUGUAUAAAAUACAGAAGGAUUAAGUAAGUGAAGGCGAUGUAGCAUACGAUUCAUUGGCAACGAUACGUUGUACAUUUCACACAACUUUAAAACAUAUAGUCAAGAUACUAUUAUAUUAUAUAUAUAUAGAUAUAUAAAAAUAUUUAUAUAUAUAUAUAUAAUAAUAAUAAUAAUAAUGAUAAUGUAAUGGACAAUUGAUCAAUCUCGUCUGUACUACGUUUAUACAUAUAUGUAUACAUACAAACAAAAGAUAAUAUAAUUCGCAGUAUAAAUUCGUUUAGAGGUAAGACUAUUAGCCGUAGGUGAUACAUUUCUAACUACUUUGCCAACUACGAUACAGUAUUUAUGGAGAAUUUUUAUAACGCGACGCAAGUACAGUACACGUGGAAAGAUAAGGAUCAGUUGUAAGCUUGAGUAUCGCGCAAGGGAAAGGAAACAAAAAAAAAAGCUUUGUAUGGAUGUAUAGUGUAUAUCGUCGAUUGUGCUUUCCGCGAUAAACAAUCGCGUACUAAACUAUCGUAAAGUUGUUGUACCUAAAUAAGGCGGUUAUUCCAAAGCUUAAUUAAGGAAAACUACUAUUGUCUGUGCUGGACGAAACGAAGGGAGACGAUCGUAUUUCAUAUAUCUACAUAAUCUUUUUCCGUUUCGUUUUUACUUAAGAACCUCAUACUCGCUCAUCAAUCUUUUCACAUAUUUUCUGGUGCAAAUGCGUAAUGUAAGUCCCUCUCCCUUUCUCGGCUAUCGAUCAAAUGAUAGAUAACAAAUUUCCAGUAAAUAACGACAUUUAGCUCAUGUAACUUGAAGUCCAUUGCGAAUGAGAAUAACUUUUCAUUCGUUGUGUACGAUAAAGCAAAGAAUGUAUGUCAGGCAAGGAAAAAGAAAGAUGCAGACUUAAUACCUUUAUGAUGAUUACAAGUGUACGACGGUAUUAUUAUUAUUAUUGAUAAUAAAAAAUUUGUAGCAAAUCUGUACAAAGCCAAAUAAAUCAAAAACUUUCAUAAAUCAUCGAAGAAUCCUCGAUUCAGUUGUUUAUUUCAAAGGAUGAAGUACAUAACACCCUUAUUCUCUAUAAGAAUUAUAUCAUACAUCUCUCUUUCUGUAUUUUUAAUUUUAUCGAAAUCAAUUAUCGUAAUUACAAUCUAUAAGAGCUUAAAAGCUAAGUAUUAAGAUCGACAGUCGCUGAGUAUGGCCAAUUUUUAUUCUGAGCUACAGAGAAUACUUGAAAGCAUAAUAAAGAAAUAAAGAGGGAAUAAAGGGUUGAUGAAUGAAUGAAUAAGCUCUUAUAAGACGACAGGUGUACACCCUACCUUUCUUUGUAACGGCAGUCGGCCGACUGAAGCACUGAAGCUGCGCGCGGUCAGCUUUUUAUAUCUUCACGCCCCUCUCUUCCUCUACAACGGCGGUCGGGCCGACUGAAGCACAGAAUAACUUUUUACUUAUUCUGUUUUACUUAUUCUGUGGCUUCAGUUCAACACGGCGCUUUGACCGGGCAACCACGCGUCCAGGAAGCAAGCGCGUCGAGAAACACUCGCUUGACAGUUCCGUUCUCGAUCACGCACGACCGAUUUUACUUGUUACUCGUUCGGUAAUUUCAAGCAUUUCAAGUGAAGAGUUUUCGCCGUCAAGUUUUGAACGUUCGAGGAGACGAUCCAAGGAGAGGUCGCAGCUCGAAGGAUGGCAUAAACCCACAAUUGGACGGCAGCAUGUGCUAUGUGAUAAUCACUGGUCGUAGCUUGCUAUGGACGCUGAUGUCCCUGGUAGCAUUAAUGGCAGUUUUAUCAGGCCUCAUCACACCCAAAUGGCUCAUCGGACCGCAGACGAGGGACACGAAAAAUGGAUCCGACUCCUAUGUCCCAACAGUCGGAAUCUUCAAUCGUUGCAUCAGAUUGCACGGUAAGACCCACUGCGCGAAUUUCAACGUGGAUGGCUUCGCCACGGAUUCCAGUGUGUUCCCAGGCUGCUGGAAAGCUUCUUAUUUCUUUCUGUCUCUUGGCUUGGCGAUCAUGGCGAUGACCGUGCUAGCAGCUUUGAUCGGUUGCUGCAUACAAAGCAUCGGCAGAAAGAGCAUCUUCAACUUAGCUGGUGUGGCACAAGUAAUUGCUGGAAUAUUUUAUUUGCUGGGAAUGAUCUUGUAUCCCGCUGGCUGGGGAGCAGAGAGAGUUCAGAGGAUCUGUGGACCAGAAGCUGACGCUUUCUACCUAGCUGAUUGUACUUUAGGUUGGGCUUUCUAUAGUGCCGUCAUAGGGGUCGUACUGACGUUCGUUUGCGCAGUAAUCAGCGGCCAAGCGGAAAAGUCAACGGCCAGCGACAAAGUUCAAGACAAGAUGAAUGAAGGCAAGACAUUGAUCUGUCUCGCGUGACAGCAAGAACAUUUUUAAAACUUUUCGGCUUUCAUUCGCCGAGAGAACAAAUCAAAAAGAGGCAGAUAUUCGAAGGACAGAGGUUUCCCUUUUCUCCUUGGACACAGUCAAACACGCGACAAGAAGAAACUAGAUCAUUCUUUAUCAUGGGACCAAGUUUGACGUUAGCAAGCACGAUCAAGAUCGAUGACUCCGUUCAAAGGGUCAUUGAACUCUUGCUCGAUCGAGUACUUACCACAGAGAUAAAUCUGUUCCGUGCCAAUUAUUUUUUCGUAAUGUUUUCUACGUAUACAAACGUAAGGAUCAUCGAAGAUCGUUGUAUUCUUUGCUAAUGAUUCUACACUUUGUUUUAUACAAAUAAAUGUACAUUAAAUCGAUACUCGUAGAAAAUAAGGUAUGAUUAGAGAAGUAAUGUAUACAUUACUGUAUGAGGAAGAAGUAAAUCGAGGAUGUUUUUAAAAAA